AUGUCCGCCGCACGAAGGUACCGGUAUCUUGUCCAAAGCCACGGGCCUAUACUCGUCGGUGGUGGUGGAGGUGGUCUUGGAGGUAGUGGUGAUUGUCUGUUGGGCGUACUCGUCGAAGCGCAGUUGCUCAGCAAAGUCUCUGGGCAACCGUUUUACUCCGACCGUAUCUUCGGUGGCCUGUGGGUAAACGGGAAAAAAAACACAUUUUCAGAUUUUAAAACCAAUGAGCAAAAAAACAAACCACAAGCAGGGAUAUUAUAUACUUGGACGCCACAAGACAGCGGCGCCUGA